AUGAAGCUCCAUUGGGCCUCGAGCCUGCUCGUCGGGCUGCUCGCCCGCUCUGCGGACGCCUCCACGGAGUCUCACAAGUCCCACAUCCCUUUUGCUACCGAUUCGAGCGACAUCCAGCCCGAGACCCAAGGGCCCAUCGACCCCGAGGCCUACCUCUGGCAAGCCCGGCCGCACGGCGGCAAGCUCCUCCCGCGCGACGAGUUCACGGUGCACUGCUCCAGCAUCGCCAACGGUAGCCGGUGCGAGUAUGCCAACGACGGGCUCGCGGAAACCCACUGGUCCAGUGAGCCACACUCGCGGCAUGGCUGGGACUUACUCACCCUGGACCUGCACAACGUGCACAACGUGAACGGCAUCAGCAUGCGGCCGCUCCUGGGCGAGGAGGAUCGCGGCCAGAUCGCCAAGCACGAGAUCUACGUCAGCGAGGACAACUUGGCUUGGACGAACGUGGCUUACGGCACCUGGGGUUGGAACAAGAGCCCCAAGAUGUCUGCCUUCGAGGCCAUCCGAGCCCGCUACAUCCGGAUCAAGGCCACGGGCGAGGCGCCGCCGCCCAAGCGCCCCAGCGAGAAGUAUGACGACGCCGUGACCGCGGUCGUCGACGUCAACGUCUACACCACCGCCGCGGUGCUCCCGCACGAGCCGGCCAAGGGCGUCUGGGGCCCGACCCUGGACCUGCCCAUCACGGCCGCGGCGGGUGCCCAUGGCUUCGGGAAGAACGGGCACCACAACAUCAUGCUCUGGUCCGCGUGGACCGACGACCGGUUCUUUGCGUCGCCGGGCGGCAAGACCUUCACGGCCACCUGGGACCCGUUCGAGGAAGAGAUCGUGCAGACCAACGUCACCAACACGUACCACGACAUGUUCUGCCCGGGCAUCUCGAUGGAUGUCGACGGCAACAUCAUCGUGUCGGGCGGUGCGGACUCGCAGAAGACCAGCAUCUACAACGGCGAGGAGUGGAUCCCCGGCCCCGACAUGAACCUCCACCGCGGCUACCACGCGUCGACGACGCUGUCCAACGGCAAGGUCUUCGCCAUCGGCGGCUCGUGGAGCGGCGGCUCCAACAUGCCCAAGGACGGCGAAGUCUACGACCCCGAGGCCAAGCGCUGGCGCAUCCUGCCGAACAUCAAGGCGGAUCACAUCCACACGGUCGACAUCCCGCUGCGCAACGACAACCACGCCUGGCUGUUUGGCUGGAAGAACGGCAGCGUGUUCCACGCCGGCCCCAGCCGCCAGAUGCUGUGGUUUGACACGCAUGGCGACGGCGCGGUGAAGAACGCCACGCGCCGCCUCAACGACCAGGACUCGACCUCGGGCAACGCCGUCAUGUUCGACGCCGUGAACGGCAAGAUCCUGACAUUCGGCGGCCAGGAGUUCUACGACGGAUCGUACGGCCACCGCAACGCGCACCUCAUCACCAUCAAGGAGCCCUACCGCAAGCCGCGGGUCGCCGUGGCCGGCAAGAACGGCACCGAGGGCGUCAAGGGCGCCGGCGGCAUGUACAACCAGCGCGUGUACCACACCUCGGUCGUGCUGCCGGACGGCACGGUGUUCAUCACCGGCGGGGAGAUCUACGGCGUGCCCUUCAACGAGGCGGAGCGCGACGUCCAGCUGACGCCUGAGAUCUACCACCCGGAGUGGGACAUCUUCCUGCCGCUGAAGCAGAACAACAUCGUGCGCGUCUAUCACAGCCUGUCGAUCCUGCUGCCGGACGCCACCGUGCUGAACGGCGGCAGCGGGCUGUGCGGCAACUGCACGGCCAACCACUACGACGCGCAGAUCUUCAGGCCGCCUUAUCUGUACCGCGAGGACGGCACCCCGGCCGAGCGCCCCACCCAGCCGGAGAUCGUCGACCGCAAGUUCCGCGUGCCGGUGGGCGGCAAACUGGCCUUCCAGGCGGAUGCCGACAUCCGCAACGCCUCGCUGGUCCGUCUGGGCACGGUCUCCCACACGGUCAACACUGACCAGCGCCGCAUUCCGCUGAAGUUUGUCGCCUCCGGCGAUGCUGUUGCCGAUGCCGAUGUCGAUGCUGAUGCUGCGGGCAGCCGUGCGGUGUUCCACGCGGACAUCCCGAAAGAUGCGGGCAUUGCGCUCCCGGGGUACUACAUGCUCUUCGUGAUGAACGACAAGGGCGUUCCCAGUCUGGCGGCCAACGUCAAGAUCGAGCUGCCCGCAGCCUCGGCGGCGCAGGAGUAUGUGAGCGACGUCGCGGAGGAGGAUGAUACGGAUAUGGACGAGCCGGAGGCCGACUGUGACAUGGAGAUGGACGAGGAGGAGGUCCAAGGCGUGAUGGUGGCGCUGUAUUCGGCCACUCGCAAGCUCUGGAGCUCGCACAAGCCGGUUCUGAUGCAGCAGAAUUAG